UGCAACAGCCAUUAUACUGCCUAAUUUUAAAUUUGAGGAUAUGGGAAUUGGUGGUUUGGAUUCAGAAUUCAGCGCUAUAUUUCGUCGUGCAUUCGCUUCUAGAAUUUUCCCACCCAAAUUGGUGGAAAAAUUAGGCAUACAACAUGUCAAAGAGCCAAAAGUCAUUAAUGGGCCAGAAAUAUUGAACAAGUACAUAGGUCAGUCGGAAGAAAAUAUUCGUAAAUUGUUUGCUGAUGCAGAAAGAGAAUAUAAGGAGAAAGGUGAAGAUUCCGGCUUACAUAUAAUAAUAUUUGAUGAGCUAGAUGCUAUAUGUAAGCAACGUGGUAGUGGUGGAACUAGUAGAACUGGUGUUGGUGAUAGUACUAUGGAUGGUGUUGAACAAUUGAAUAAUAUAUUAAUCAUUGGUAUGACUAAUCAAUUGGAUAUGAUUGAUGAGGCAUUACUUCGUCCUGGUCGUUUGGAAAUGAAAGAAAAUAAUAUUUUGGAUGUUGAUGUUGAUGUUGAUCUAGAUGAAUUAGCUAGUUUAACCAAAAAUUUUAGUGGUGCAGAAAUCAGUGGACUUAUUAAGAGUGCUAGUUCAUUUGCAUUUAAUAGACAUAUCAAAGUAGGAACACUCACAGGGGUAAAACCAGAUUUUGAAAACAUGAAAAUAAAUAGAGAUGAUUUCCUAGAGGCAUUGAAUGAAGUGUGUCCAGCUUAUGGUGUCGGCAAUGAAGAAUUACAAUGCUAUACCCAAAAUAAAAUUAUUCCGUUUGCAUCACAUGUAAAUAGGAUAUUGUUAUAUGGAAAACUUUUUGUUGAACAAGUUAGCACUACUAAUACUACACUUGUCAGUGUUCUGUUAUAUGGACCUACUGACAGUGCAUUGUCAUCAGGAUUUCCUUUCAUCAAAUUAAUUUCCCCAGAAAAUAUGAUUGGAUAUUCAGAAUCGGCUAAAGUGGCUGCAAUAAACAAAGUAUUUAAUGAUUCUUACAAAUCAUCUUUAAGUGUCAUAGUUGUAGAUAAUAUUGAAAGAUUGAUAGAUUGGAUACCUCUUGGUCCAAGAUUUUCAAAUCCUGUCUUACAGGCAUUAUUAGUUUUACUUAAAAAAAGCCCACCUAAAGGUCGACACCUUUUGAUUUUAACAACCACUAGUAGAGAAUCUAUUCCCAAACAAAUGGGUAUGUCUGAUUGCUUUGAUAAUGAAAUCAAAGUGCCAAAUGUUGAUAAUUUGAUUUCAAUUGAACAAGUGCUUAAAGAAACAUUAUUGUAUAAUGAUGUUGAAUGA